GUCAGCUCUGUGGUGGAAGUCACCUGAUGGGCGGCCACAGCUCAAGGCUUCAGCCGUCUGACGCAGGAGGUUUGGAACUGUCAAGUUAGUUGGUACUGUGUCUUAAAAUGAUGUUAAAGUGAAGUUUCAACAACAAAAAUGUCAUCAAACUUAGUGGUCUUCCAAGCUAGUGAUCUUCAGCAACUGAAGUUCCUUCAUCAAGGCAACGCUAGACUGAAGGUAAUAUGUUUUGACCUGUGUCCCACUCUGAUAGUGCUGGGAGCUAAUAGUGGCACUAUAUACAUCUUAGAUCAUGAGACUCUUCAACUCAAAGGCCAAAUUCCCACUGAGAAUGGAUCCGUUGUGCAACUCAGCAUAUCAUCUGAUGAAAGUUUAAUUGCCUGUGCACUAAGUAAUGGAACUGUUGAGAUAUUUGAGCUCAUCAGCCAAGGUGGAAGUGGGUCCAGGCACCUCAUCAGGUCACGGGAACAUGAAGGUCACAGUGUUUCAUCAAUUGCCUGGUCACAUAGCUCUAGUGAGGUGUAUAUUGGGGAUAUUUCAGGCAGAGUGUCAGUCCUCUACAUCCCCAAAAGUAAGACUGCCUCUCUAUUUCGAAGUUCUUGUGUGCAUCUGAUGACUCUGGAAUCAAGUGUUAUGCAGCUGGAUUAUAGUGAUGGUUACCUUCUGGUGUCAACUCUCGCCCGUUCUUACAUUUGCAACACAAGCCUCGAGACUUUCACACAGAUUGGGACAAAGUUAAGACAGGGUGAAUAUGGUGGAUGCUUCUGUCGGGUGAACCCAGACAGUAGCUUCAGUCAAGCCACCCAGUAUACAAGAAAUACUCAGAAAGAACUAGAUGAAAGCUUAGAGGAUCGCCAAAGUGUGGAUCAGGCAUUAUCUAGCUCAGGAAAAUUUGGAUUAUCAGAUUGUUAUGAGGCUGUAGAGGAGGAUCAAGCCUAUCAAAACAUUAAACCUGACAGAGAAAAUGCAAGUGGUGUAUUGUCAACUGGAGUAGCAGCUAGGAUAUUUUGUGCUCGUCCAGGUACAAGAAUAUGGGAGGCAGAUCAUUCAGGAAAAGUCCUCGUUACUCAUCAACUCAAAAGGGCUCUUAUGGUGCCUCCAGCUGAUGUGCUUCUCACAGAUGGAUCAUUUUCUGAACAAGAAUUGCUGGAUGAGAUUGAUGAGUCACCAGGUAGUAAUUUAUUGGAGUCUCAGCCUCAGUAUGUGGAUCAGAAAGAUGGAGAUCCCAUUGAGAAUCAAAUUUUUAAAAGAGAAUAUUCUGAGGCUGCACCAAAUUUUAGUAGGGCAGCACCAGUUGCAUUACAUCCACCAGUCAGUGUAGCAUUUACCAAAAUGCUCAGCUUUUACAGCAAUUAUCUCCUUGCUAUCUCGACAUAUGGUUUGUAUAUUAUAGACCCAACAAACUCUAAGGUACUUUUAUGGAUUAGUGUUUCUGACAGUGUCACUGAUGUCAAGGUUUCAGGGAACACACUGAUCUAUAAAACUGGGAGUGGGUGCAUACAGAACUUUAUGGUAACUACAGUAGAUAUUGCAAUUUUGGUUUUGCACACACGUAACUUGCCAGUCGAAUGUGCUCGACUGUGCUUACAAAAUCCAGAAGUUUUCUGCAAGUCUGAAUUACUGUCUCGUCUAGAAACAAAAAUUUUGACAGAUCUCUCUAAUCAAAUAAUGAGUCUAGACAUAAAAAUGAGACUACAGAGUUUAAAAGCUCUCACUUGUUUAGACAAAGAAAAAGAUAAACAUAGCAACACUUUACCUUCAAAGUCUGGUGUUACUUAUGUCAAGAAUGACAGUUUUAAAGAUGAAGAAAUUAAAGAUGGUCUCAGUACUUUUUUCAAAUUUAGUCAUCAAAUGUUUCUACCAAUGUCAGUGACAAGGUGGUACAGUGAACCUUAUCUGCAUCAAGCACAGGAGGAAAGAUCUGCUGCUCUUCGUGGCACAGUUUCAGUUGAAAAUAGUCCACUGCAUCGUGCACAGGUGGAUAAAGAUCUUGGAAGUACUUCAACAUACCUGCAGGAAGUACAGAGUCACAUAUCUUUGAAUCACUUUUCUAGUGAGGACACAUUGCGGUCUAGGUCAUCUAAUAAGUCCCUCAAUGGAUGCAGUACUGCCUCACACUCAUCAGAGAGAAAGAGCAGCAGUCCAGAUCCUGAUCUUGAUAGGAAGUUCAAUACUGGUAGUCCUACUCCUUCCUCAGGAAGAUGUUCUCAACAGUCUGACCCAAAAUCGUCUCAUAAGAGCUUUGAGAGUUCUUUAGAAAUGUAUGAAGAUCCUUUAUUCUCUUCUGAUAAUAGCUCACCUGACCUGGAGAUGGCAACAAGAAUUUUCUUGGAUAGUAAUCAGUCAUCAGUUAAUCCAUGUGAUUCCCAUAAUUUUUAUAACCUUGCUUAUGCUCCAAUUCAUCCUGGCUCAGAAGCUGCUACUCUCUUACAGGAUCUCAUGGAGAAUGUUGCCACUAAUAUGGUUGGAACUAUAACAUCAGGGACUAAGAAUUUGACAGAAAGACUAAGAAGUGUGACACCACUAAUAUCAUCAGGAGAUGUGCCAUCCAGGAAAUCAACAGAUGGUUCAUUUUCUAUGUUAGAUAUGCUUGGAAGCAACUCAAACACAGAUCAGGAAGAUCAAUUACAAAGCAGCGCAUCUGGAGACAAUGAUCAAACAGAUGGUUUUGAUACAAACAUUGUGAUUAAAACAAAACCAAAGAAGAGACAGUCUCGUAAUAAUUCUGGGACUGUGCCAUCUGCUAAUAGGUCAAAUGCUGUUCAACUGACGGAUGAAGUGAUACGACCUAGCAUAGAACUUCCAGGAGUUGUCCGAAACUUGCAUGAAUUGGUGACAUCAACUGUACAGCAGAUAAUAAAUACAGAUGACAGAACAGAAGCUUAUGACCUCUUAACUCAUUGGUUAGAAGUAUAUUUUAGUACUGUUCAGCAGAUUCAAGUAAAUAAACGUCUCUCCCCACAAGCCAGUGAAGAUAUACCUGGUGAUGGACCUGUGUCUUUAUCUUCAGUUGAUUCUUCGCAUUCACAUGGGAGUGGAGGGACUUCAUGUGAUUCUCUUCACUGGGACAGUAAUGAUAUUGGCUUUGAGCCAUCUGCAAUGAGUGCUGACAUCCUUGAACAGAUCACCGAGUUAUUUCUCCAGUGUUUACAGGCAGGAGUAAGCAUCAGUAGUAUUUACAAUACUAAAAUAGCUUCUGGCAUGCAUAAGCCAGACAUUCUACAACACCCAUUGACACCUGAAGGAAUUAAGAAAGUAGACUUUUUGUAUGCCUAUCUAAUAUCAAAUGAUUGUGGUUUGCUUCAUUACUCAAACCUUCUCAGUGCCUUAGAAACUCUGGGCCAACAUUAUUACAUUUUGACUUGGACAGCACUUCUUGAAAAGAUAACAAGAGAUAAUGAUAAAUUUAGUAACCAUCUUUUGCCUGACAUUAUUCCUGAUUUGGAUUUCACUCGAUCUCAGCGGGUGUCAUUUCUCCACACACUUGCUUCUUCUGGAAAUAUGAAGAAUUUCAUCACUGCUGCAGCUCAGAUUGAAAACCCUACUGUGAUAGUUGAUGUGAUAUUUAUAUUAAAUCAUAUAGCAACUCAAUCAUUAGAAAUAGGAUGUACAACCAGUAUAUCACAGUCACAAAAGCACCUUUUACAGUACUUGACUGAACUUUCUCGUCAUAGAAAUUUGACGAAAUUAUACUUGAAUUAUUGGAGUUUAUGUCCAGAGCUUCAGUAUGACAUUCUAAGUGCCUUAUUAAGUGCUGCUAACCCUAGCAUAUAUUCAUGCAGUUGUGGGAUGCCUUUACCACGUUACAGACCUGUGGCACUAGAGACUCUUGCAGAUACCCUGCUGACCUAUGACAUAUUGGAUGCUAAGAAUGUGUCUGAGCUAUGUCAAAGCUUAGGAUACUGGAAGGGAUAUUGUACCAUUAGUGUAGCAUACAACCUGCAGUCUCUUAGUCAGUGUUUUCCAUACAUUGUUCAAAACUGUAAUAUACAUCUCCUUGAUGAUAUCAUGGAGGUAUUACCUCUGGAGGAAUUUGUAACAGUGUUUGAUACACUAGCGGAUAUGACAAGUGAAGAUUCAUCUGUCAUGAAGUGUUAUAAAUGUCAGAAUAAAAUAAAUUUUUCAGGAAAAGAGACAGAUAGUAAUAAUAAAACCCAAACCAAAUUUGAAUAUGAAUUUCAAGUAAAUGGUGAGCCUCAUAUUUGGGAUUUAAAUCCAGAAAAUUUGGAUAAUCAAGUUGAAGCAAUGUUUAGCUCAGGCAAAGAUAUUAAUGGACAUGUUGAAGAGCAAAUGAAUAAUUGUGAAAUAUCACCUGAAGCCCGUGUCUCAAACAUAGGACAGUUGUGGGAAACUGUCUUGGUGCACAUCCUUCGAAGAAUUGGAUCAGUAGAAACCUUAAAGCUGUUAACCAAAGUGGAAGAUAGGAUUCCACCUGGAAUAUUAUCAAAGAGAGUAUACAGUUGGUGCCUUUUGUCUUCACUGGCAGAGAAGAAAGGGCCAGCUGCUCGCUGGUCUCUUUUGAAUUCCUUGACUGGCACCAGAAAAUUUUUUUACUCAUACAAGAUAGCUGAAGCUCUUCAUAGACGUGAUGUUCUGAAAAACACGUCAACUCAGGAAACCAACAGAGCCCCACUGUCAAAAAACAUUUUAAAAGAUGCUGAAGGAGAAAAACAACAAAAUGAACCCAAGGUGGAUCAGAAUGAUGACCCUAUUCUCCCAAAACCAUCAGUACCUGGUCUCUAUCAGUCUCCAAGACUUUUAGGACACCACUGGGGAGUACAGACUCAGAUUUUACAUGGAAUAUGCUUUUGCUGCCAUCUAAGAUUACCUACUCAAGCUCUCGUAACUGAAGGAGGUAUUACUGUGUUCCCAUGUAGCCAUGCCUACCAUACAAUAUGCUUAUCUCAUAGGGGUCAUCAUUGUGUCAUAUGUGCCCAAGAAUGUUCUCAAAACUUUUUGAAAUUUCAGUGAUACCUGUAUGUUCUUAAGUUUUUCUGAAUGCUAAGAAGAUUCCUUGUUAAACUUGUACCAAGUUCCUCCCAUAAUAAGGUGCCAAUUAAUCUGUUAAUAAGAAUUACUAGUUUAUCAUUCAUGUAAUAUCCAGUCAUAGUGUUCCUAUGCAGUUUAACAUACAGUAGUACCCCGCUUAACGCGGUCAAUAAAACCCACAGGGUACCGUGUUAAGUGAAAACCGCGCUAAGUGAACAACAGAACAUAUGGGAUUAAUUCCAAUAGAAAC